AUGAGGUGGUACCGACCCUGGUCAGUGGAUUCACAGAUUAGAAUCUUGCAAGAACUUACUCGAAGCUCACAAUGGAUGAUGAAUGCAUGGAGAUUACGUCGACCUUAUUCUACUAAGAGAUUCAAAGACAGAUAUCAGGUUACAAUAGCUUUCUCUAUUCACCCUUCGGAUGCAAGAGAAUAUCGUCUCGGUACAACGCCAAGGGGGAUAUUCAAAGAAUUCGAACUGUUAGAUCGUAAGUCAACUACCAUCGGAUCGUCUGCAGCAUUUUCUGGCCCAUAUGAUUACAAUAUUGAAGGAAAGAGUUGGAAAGGCAAAAUCGUUAAAUUAUUAGCAUCAAGAGAAGAGAUCUAA